AUGCGAGCGCCGCCGCUGCUGCUGCUGCUGCUGAUGGCGGCCGCGGGCCUGGCCGUGAGUCCGCUCGCGCGCCUCAACCCCUGGCUGAGCGCGUGCGACCUGGAGGAAGAGGGCGCGGGCACCGAGUGCGGCGAGGGCGAGCGGCACGCGUGCAGCGGCGGCGGCGCUGAGACGCUGGCGGGGCGCGACGUGCGGCCGCUGUGCGCGCUGGGGGCUGGAGCGCGAGCGCGCCGCCUGGCCGAGCUGCGGCUGCGCGCCUGCUGCGAGCGCUCUCCCGCCUCCGCGCUGGACCGCGGCGCGCGCGCCGACGUGCUGGCCGGCGGGGAGCGCUGCGAGCGCACGCUGCACGACCUGCUCGCCCUCGAUGCGAUGGUCGCGCGCGUGCACUGCGACUUCGCCUACAUCCUCCAACGCUACGACUGCGACCAGUCCUACUCCGUACACACGUGUCACGAGUGCCAGGAGACGUAUCGACGUUGGGCGUGUAGCACAAUGGUUCCACUUUGGGUAGAAGAAGGCGCUGAGGACGGUGACGAGGGCGGGCGGUCGCGGCGUGCGCCCGCAGAACACACAGCCAGGUGGCAUGCGCGACACCUCGAGCGCGUAGGUCACCUGGACCGGCGGCGCGGCGGCGGAGUCGUCGGUCGCUGGGUGCGCGCCGCAGCCGCGGGUCCUGGUCGGCCUCUCGUGCGCCUCAAGCCUUGCCUCUCCGUCUGCCAACUCGUCGAGCAGCACUGCCCCUAUUUCCUGCCGGCGGACCGAGCACCUGCAUACCCCACUCAGUACGCCGGAGAGCCCACCUUCUUAUGCCUUGAUCCGCGUAUACCGGAGACGGGCGCGCAGGCAAACAAAUCCAACUACGGAGCCGAUGAGUGCUGCUAUUGGUACUGCGAGGGGCGGCUGUGCUACCGUUGCGAGGCGCGACUCAGCGAGCCGCCCCGACCUGAUGCAGAGUGGUGCUCGCCCGUUGAAGAACGCGUCGCAACCUGCUCGGUGCCGUAUCAGGCACCCGCAGCCGCUGGCUCCAUCCCACCAAGCCUUGGCCUCCUCCUAGCCUCAGUCAUCGUUUCCAUCACCACACAGAUUCGGACUCACUGGACACCUACACCACUAGUGAAUGUGCGCGAUACGAGGUUAUAGUUUUACGUAAACGUGCGUCGCACCCCAAGUCCCGCGAUCGCCGGACUAUGAAACUUGUAUUAGUGCUGUACUUAUGAUAAUAAAUUGCGACGAUGCGAUCCGCCGAGCGCGAGGCGUCUAUAGACUGUAAGUUUAUAUCUGUGGUCGUUUUACACAUCUUUACGGAUGAAACACCAAUUACUUAUGAGUUUUGUCGCGAAGCUUUGAGCCGACAUUCCGGCCAGUAUAGUUAUAUUUUUCGCCACGAAAUGUAACGAAUACAUAAUAUAUUUGCGUUAAGUGAGAUGGUUGUAUAUUUUACACUAGGUACAGUGACAGACGAGAGGUGCAAGAGCCCCCAGAGCAUUUCAUUUAUUUUUGCUAAACACUCUAUUGCUGUGAAUACAAUUUUCGAUGCAAAAUGCCAAACAUAAAACUCAUGUCUUGGCAGUUUAGUGAAAUGCAAUACAAAAAUGCGAUAUUUCUAGAAGUGUGAAUAGUUUUAGACUUGAGACCUCAAAAUAAAUUACAUUGAGCAUAUAUGCCGCAUAAAUAUAAGGUAGCGAAGAUAAUAUUAGUUACAAUAUCUAUAGAAGGUCCGUUAAAAAUGUUGAUGGUUACUUUCUAUGAAUAUUAUCAACUACCUUAUAUGUAUCUGAAGCCAUUGGCCAUUGUUGU